AUGCAAACCGUUCCUGAAAAUUUCACCAAAAUAGAGCAAGACCUGGCUGGUAAGCUGGCAAUCGUGACCGGGUCUUCGCGUGGAAUUGGACGUGAGAUUGCCAUUCACCUCGCCAGUCGGGGCGCCAAUAUUAUAGGAACAUGCGCGACUCCAUCUUCCUUGAGCAAGUUCGAGUCAUUAAAGGCUGAAGUCGAGGCCUUAUACGCAAAAGCUGGUCAAGCCCAUUCGCCCUCCAUCAUUGGCAUCGUGGCCCCUUUGACUCAGCCUCAGGAAUAUACCGCCAAUAUAGUCGCCGCAGUGAAGAAAGCUGGCGGGACCGUCAACAUUCUUGUACAAAACGCUGCCAUUGUCGAACUGUCGCCCAUCGGUAUGAUUGAAGAACAAGAUGUUGAGCGCAUGCUCACAGCAAAUAUUGCGGCGUCUGUGUUGCUGGUUCAAUGCCUUUUGAGCUAUUUUAGUCCCGACAGCCGGAUCAUUAACAUCUCCUCGGAAGGCGCACGGGACCCUUCGCCACUAACUUGUGCGUAUCUUCGUCUCCUCUAUGCCCAUUCCCUCGAUAACACAUUAGAUUAA